CGAGGCGGAGAGAAUUCGUAGGAUCUCAUGUUUCAACUGGGUCAAAAGUGAAAAAGACCAAUCCCUAUGUUAACUCGUAGCCAAGCAGACUGGCUAUCUUCUUCACUUGAACUGGGUCUAACGUCCAAUGUGGCUUCACCAUAAUCUCUCUCUCUCUCUCUCAGGUGUUUGUAACAUGUGAUUGAUAUCAAUAAAUAGGAGAAGUUCUAAUCAGCCCCAUACCCACAACUCCUAACACAAAUUCAGUUCUGGAUUCGAUUUCGAGACAACAAUGCACCAUUUAGCGUUGGAGGUUGGUCUGGUCGAUCCCACUGUGGAGAUGAGAACUCGUGAGCUCGAGAACAUGAAGCGGCCGAUCUGUCCGAAGCCCCGACGGCUCCGGUCGGCGACGCCGGACCUCCUCAAGUCCCUUAGAUGCAGCAAACACUGCCAGCAGAAUGGCGACGCAAGAAGUGCGACGGCGGACCCGGUUGGAGACAAGGUUGGCCUCGUUAUCCAGACGGGUGACGAGGAUGAAAGCCCGGGCGCCGGGUGUUCCCCACCGUGUGGCGUGGGGUCGCCGCCCACAAGAACUGAUAAUCCGCUGGUUCACGACGUCCGGUUCAUCCGCCAGAUGGAGCUUCUCUCGCCAUUCCCGCCCACCAAGCUCUCCGACAAAUUCAAUUUUCCCUCGGCCUCUCCGGUUUGAGACUCCAACGUAGCUACCAUGGCUCUAGCCCCAUUUUCUUUUUUUAUUUAUUUAUCAUUAUCGUUUUGGACAACUCAUGAGAAUUUUUCUUUUUUUCGUUUUCGGCUUCUUUUUCUUUUGUAAAUAUAUGGAG